AUGUCACAGUGGUCACAACAGCCAGACCAGACAAUCUCAUUACUUUCCCGGCAGGGCACUAUGAAAAUCUUUGACAUUGGUCUUGCAAGAUCUUGCACUGCUGCCCAAUGCCCCCUAUCAUGCAGAGCGAAUCUCAACCACUCCCACUGUCCACUCUCUUUCGUAAUUCUCAAACAGCCCAUCAACGUCCCAAACCUGCACCACAGGCCGAUCCUGCUAACACACAAUCAGCAGCUGGUCCCACAGCAGUAUCCACCAGCAUCCAAGCCCCCAUCCCAUGACGCAAUCCGGCUCACCACCACUGGUCUGCUUCAGGAAAACACCCCAAGGCCCAAUACUCAGGCGGUCACUCUUUCCCAACCUUUUGUCAGACCAGAAACGUCCGUCGCUGGCCUGCUAUCCCAUGGCUUCAACUUGAACAUGUUCCUUGGAAUGCUUCCCACAUCAUCGAGAAACACCGCCUUCGUUGGAUCCAACAUGACAGGGUGUAAGAAAGCAUCCACCAUGCGAAUGGCAUGGGGACAUGGCGAAGCACCUACAUGUCACGUCCUCAUCUAUCCCUUUCUCAGUCCAGAGCAUCGUCAACAAGCCAUCAAGGAUGCAGAUCCUAGCAUUCAAACUGGAUACCCACUCCCCCAGUCUGACAUAUACCAUCUCAAGCAUGUUGACGUCGCACCGUUUUGGGAGCACAUGCAAAAGCUUGAUCUUUGCAUCACCUUCUAUGCCAAUGCUAACGACAAUUACAGGACAAUUCAUGAUAAACUUCUCACACAUAAUGCAAUGGCUGGGAAGCUCCAGAUCCCCAGCCUCAAGACUGACGACCUGGCUAAUCUCAGCUUUCAAAACAUGGGCUGGUGUUUCCUACAGCUCAUGUCCCACAAAGGGGAUCCAUCUCUUCUUGUUGUCAACAAGAAAAUUAAUGAGGGUCAGGCCACAAUUGACCAUUUCAUCCGCCACGGAAGCCUGGAGUCCAAGUUUCUGCCCAAACGUGGCAAAAAUCAUUCAGCUGUGCUUGGUCAGUUUACCCUGGUGAUUGGUGAUAUUAACUCGCAGGAAAAUAUUUCCAGCUCCGACCCGAGGCCCCAUCUGCCACAAUCUCCAAAACAGGAACUUUGGGGCGGCAGUUUUGAUGAGAACUCCUUGCCCUCCCUAUGUGCAUGCAGAGGCUUGCCACCCAAUCAUCUUGCCCCUGAGCUGACGAUUACGGCAGGAAUCCCUCGUUGUCCCCAACUUACCGAUGACGCCACUUCACUGGCGGAAGAACCACAGCCAACUGCCCCCACUGCCAUUGCCCCCCCCCUUAUUACGCUGGAGAAAUUUGGCCACAACCUCGUGAUGCAGAGCGGUGACACGUGCGCAACACGUUCAUACGUGUAA